GCAGAGAGAGUCCGGACUCUCACUCCAAAUUCUGCUAUUAUAGUCCUUUUGAUCCUGUAGCACCAUUUCCAGAUUUGAUCUCAAUUAUUGAUUUCUCAGAGAACUCAUAGCCAAACAGAGACAGAGAGAGACUACAAUGGCGACUAUAGCUGCUGCAACCGGAGUUCUAAAGGUACCCGAGGCGGUUCCCACGAGGAGGACUCUUUCUUUCUCCUCCUCUGUAUCUUUAUCCGACGAGAAGGCUUCUCUCCGCCGAGGAUCCGUCUUUUCUCGUGGUGGCCGAGUGAGGAAUAAUCCGAUGAUCGUGUCUCCCAAGGCCGUCUCCGAUUCUCAGAAUUCACAGACCUGUCUCGAUCCUGACGCGAGCAGGAGUGUGUUGGGGAUCAUCUUAGGAGGUGGGGCCGGAACUCGUCUCUAUCCUCUCACCAAGAAGAGAGCCAAACCCGCCGUUCCUCUCGGCGCCAACUACAGGCUCAUCGAUAUCCCCGUCAGCAACUGUCUCAACAGCAACAUCAACAAGAUCUACGUCCUCACGCAGUUCAACUCCGCCUCUCUAAACCGCCACCUAUCGCGAGCCUACGCCACUAACAUGGGAGGUUACAAGAACGAAGGCUUCGUCGAAGUCCUCGCCGCUCAACAGAGUCCUGAAAACCCCAACUGGUUUCAGGGGACGGCUGAUGCGGUGAGGCAAUACUUGUGGUUGUUUGAGGAGCAUAAUGUUCUUGAGUAUUUGAUUCUUGCUGGGGAUCAUUUGUAUCGAAUGGACUAUGAGAAGUUCAUUCAAGCUCAUAGGGAGACUGAUGCUGAUAUCACCGUGGCGGCGUUACCGAUGGACGAGGAACGAGCCACUGCUUUUGGGUUGAUGAAGAUUGAUGAGGAAGGACGUAUUGUUGAAUUUGCCGAAAAACCAAAGGGGGAGCAGUUAAAGGCCAUGAAGGUUGAUACAACGAUUCUAGGUCUUGAUGAUAAGAGAGCCAAGGAGAUGCCUUAUAUUGCGAGUAUGGGUAUUUAUGUUGUUAGCAAAGAUGUAAUGUUGGAGCUACUACGGAACAAAUUCCCUGGAGCUAAUGACUUUGGAAGCGAAGUCAUCCCUGGUGCCACUUCCCUUGGACUCAGGGUGCAAGCUUACCUUUAUGAUGGUUACUGGGAAGACAUCGGUACUAUAGAGGCAUUCUAUAACGCAAAUCUCGGAAUCACCAAAAAACCGGUUCCUGAUUUUAGUUUCUAUGACCGUUCUGCUCCAAUCUACACACAGCCACGUUACCUACCACCGUCUAAGAUGCUCGAUGCUGAUGUCACAGACAGUGUCAUCGGAGAGGGCUGCGUUAUCAAGAACUGCAAAAUACAUCACUCUGUGGUCGGACUCCGUUCCUGCAUAUCAGAAGGUGCUAUAAUUGAAGAUUCGUUACUAAUGGGAGCUGACUACUACGAGACUGCUUCGGAAAAGAGCCUCCUAACGGCGAAAGGGAGUGUACCCAUAGGUAUCGGGAAAAACUCGCACAUCAAAAGAGCCAUCAUUGACAAAAACGCACGUAUCGGUGAUAAUGUCAAGAUCAUAAACAGCGACAAUGUGCAAGAGGCAGCGAGAGAGACUGAAGGAUAUUUCAUAAAGAGUGGAAUCGUUACCGUUAUCAAGGACGCCUUAAUCCCAGCCGGCACUCUUAUCUAAACACAUACACAUGCUCCCUUUUUUUCAUAUCUCUAUAAACAGGGAAAGACAAGACUUUGAGGAUGUAAACGCCUGUGAAAUUACUUAAUCUAAAUAAGUUCUCUAA